CACAGCUGCCGCUGCGGGCCCUGGGGAGAGCAAGCGGGAGGCUGGAGGCGUCCGGCACGGAGUCAGGAUCCUUCCAAGUCACAGCGGCACUGGCCCACACUUCCUGCCCAUGCCCAGGUGCCCAGCAGGCGCUUGCCACCAGCUCUGUGCCCACGAUGUCCUGCACCGACGCCCAGCAACAGCCACCACCCAUCUCAGCCGGAGCUAUAGCCACCACCACCAUCACUUCGGGGUCUGCUGAGUGUCACCGUGGCUCCACAGAGGGUGACCUGGAGUGCCUGGUGUGUCGGGAGCCCUACAACUGCGCCCGGUGCCCCAAGGUGCUGAGCUGCCAGCACACCUUCUGUGCCGUCUGCCUGAAGCUCCUGCUGUGCGUGCAGGAGGACAGUUGGGCCAUCACCUGCCCGCUGUGCCGAAAGGUCACCCCGGUCCCAGGGGGUCUCAUCUGCAGCCUGCGUGACCAGGAGGCGGUGGUGGGGCAGCUGGCCCGGCCGUGCCUGGAAGUGCGGCUCAGUCCUCAGGGGCUGGCGGGUGCUGCCACCUCAGGGGCAGGGCAUCAUCCCAGCUGGGCAGGAGAGGAGGAGCAGGAGGUGGUGAGUGCCAACCGCGUGGCGGCCCGGCGCCUGGCAGUGCACCUGCUCCUGCUGGUCCUGCUCAUCCUCCUCAUCCUGCCCUUCAUCUACCCAGGCGUCAUCCGGUGGGCGCUGGCCCUCCUUAUGGCCCUGGCCUUGCUGAUGUCCACCCUGUUCUGCUGUCACCCCCACAGCCAGGGCGGCUGCUGGCCCUGCCCCAGGACUCUCCUCUGCAGAGAGCAGAAACACAGCCAGAUCGCUUCCAUUGCCUGAGCGCCCCGGGCCUGGCGGGCCUGGUGGCCCCGCUGCCUCUUGGGGCCCCUGGUUUCCCCAGCCAGCAGGGUAAGGGGCGAUGAACUAGAGUGACUCUCUCAGAGAUGACAGCCAGCGGGACCCGCGUGUCGAAGCCAGGAUGGCCGUCUCAGGUCAAGAACUCUGAGCUGGGACCGUGGGCUCCCACCUGCCCUCGGUACAGCGUUUCCAAGCUGUCGUGGGGUGGGGAGGGGGCACCAGCUGCUUGGUCGCUACCAAGGGGGUUUCUGUUGCUCUAA